ACUGACCACACCGCUCAUAUCAUAUGGCACUCAUAAAACUCUCGGCGAUCACCUCCUCUUCUACAGUGUCCCGUAGGCGAUUGCCCUUAGUCGGAGCAUUUUGUGUCCUGAGUUCGGGGCUAUCGAAUCUUUGCCCUUCUCUUUCUCUCUCUUCCAAAACCGGUUGUGCUCAGUCCCUUCCUUUGGCUCCUCUCUUCAGUUACCUUCACUUCACUUCCAUUAAUUUAAUUUCCAGAUCCAAGUUUAGCAGCCAAACAGCAGCUCAGAGUGUUGAUCGUAUAAGAAUGGAAGCAAAUAACAAAACUGUGCCCAGUAUUGUUGUCUAUGUUACUGUCCCAAACAAAGAGGCAGGUAAGAAACUGGCUGAAAGCAUAGUGAAAGAAAAACUUGCAGCAUGUGUAAAUCGAGUACCAGGUAUAGAAUCAGUUUAUCAGUGGCAGGGAGGGGUAAGUUUUGCUUUGUACCAGAGAACAAGAAUUACAUUUGGAGGCAAAGGGAAUUGUAUUGUUUCUUUGGCCCUCGAUUUUUGUGAAGUGGUUUGAAAGAAGGUUUAUGCUUCCACAUUUUGGCUGCAGAUACAGACAGAUUCUGAGGAACUGCUUAUAAUCAAGACCAGAGAAUCCCUUUUGGAAGCCCUGACAGAGCAUGUUAAGGCAAAUCAUGAAUACGAGGUGCCUGAGGUGAUUGCAAUGCCCAUAACUGGUGGCAGCCUCCCGUACCUGGAAUGGAUUAAAAAUAGCACUAGGGACUGAAUUCUUCGAGUGUACGAGUUACAUCAAUCCAUGAAGAAUAUGUCCAAAUAACAUUUCCUGUUCAGUUGUACAUUCGGAUCUCUCUCUCUCUCUCUGUAGGGGUGUGUGGGGGCAGGCAGACCGCCCUCCCCGUUUGUGCAAGUGUGCCAUGUGUAUCUAAGCAGUGGGGGAUUAAUAAUGUAAUAAAGUUACAUAAUAUAUGUCUAAAGGUUUGUAAUUGGUAGUGUAAGUAAAAAUUAGGGUUGAGUUUGUGUUACUAUUUAAAAUGGUGGAAUUCUUCAUUUUGGGUAUUGAGUAUUUUAAGGUAUUACUAUUUGAAAUACCUAUUUUAAGGUAUU